UCUCGCUGUUCACCACGUCAUUCCGUUGUUGUUUCUUUUGCCUUGUUAAAGUAGACUUGCCUUACAACGUCUUCCCAUCUAAAAUACUAAAUCACAACUAUCAACCACAACAUUUAAGGACUACUGCAGUAUUGCAAGGAAGCAUUAACAGAAUAUUUUGUGUAAUUACUUUUUCAAAUCGCUAUUUUCCUACUUUCCCCUGCUCAGCGAAUGGCUUAAUGCAAAAUGUUUGCCACGUCCUACUUGGGGAACGAGGGACGCCGUUAUAAAGUUGCUUUACGGGCAGGCUGCUCCUUGCUUGCAGCUUCGUCCCGUUGCUGCAGGUGUCGGGGCUCCACGUGCAGGGUCGGCAGCACCGCGGCUCACUAUCGGUUUCUGUUCUGGGCUCUGAGUCUACCCGCGGGACAGGGAGGAGCUCUGCAUUCAUUGGGGGAGAAACAAAUUUGUUGCAAAACGCCCGCUGCCUGGCAUCACUUUCCUCCUCGUCUCCGUCGGUGCACCGAGCCUGGCUCUCGACGAUGGCCGUCCCCACCGUGGUGACCCUGCAGCCCCAGGCGAUGGCCAGGACCACCAGCGCCAGCCCUAUGUGGCAGACGGGGCUGAUGGAUUGUUUCACCGACUGGAGCGUCUGCUGCUGCGGGCUGUUCUGCUUCCCCUGCUUGGCCUGCACGGUGGCCGGCGACAUGAACGAGUGCUGCCUCUGCGGAACCAGUGUAGCCAUGAGGACCCUGUACCGCACCCGCUACAACAUCCCGGGCUCCAUCCUGGGUGACUUCUGCUCGGUGCUGUGCUGCCCCAUGUGCUCUCUCUGCCAGCUGAAGAGAGAUAUUGACUAUCGGAAAGAGCAGCGCACCUUCUGAUGCUGCUCCCCUGCCUGUGAAGUUGAUGCUGCCCUCUAGGACUGUUUGGUUUGCUGUGGCUUUUCUUUGUUUUUUUUUCCCCAGUGAUUUCCCCCCCCCCUUCAGUAACUCAGUCAAUAAAUAGCAGUGCUUGCCCUCA